AAGUCGAAACUGUCCUAAGGUGCAAAAAUGGCUUCUUCUUCUUCUUCCAAAAAGCUGCUUCUACUUCGAAAACCGCUUUGCAGAGCUCUCAAGCCUAAUUCCUCACCAUCUCCCUCUUCUUCAAUAAUACGAAGAUCGUUUCUGUCUUCUUCUUCUACUCAUAAUAAAUAUCUUCUAGAACCUUCGGUUACUAUUUCCAAAUCGUUUCUCUCAGAACUUUCUAGAAGCUAUUGCUCGCGCUCGUCUCCUCUCCCAGAUGCAACUCAAGGUCCUGCCGCUAUCGAUUACCGUUCUCUGCUGCAGGAAGAUGAGUAUCACAGACUGGCUAAUGCUACUAUCCAUGACUUGCUAGAGAAGUUGGAGGAAUAUGGAGACUCAGUUGAUAUUGAUGGUUUCGAUGUGGAUUAUGGGGUGAGAAGGAUAAAAUUCAUUAAAAUGUAUUUCUUUCGAUUUCCUGUAUUUGUCUUGAUGGUUUGCNUCCCCCCGUGA